GAUACUCAGCGUACUAACAAGAAAACCAUGAUACAGUUAUGAAGGUGUUCGUAGGCACUGUGUUUGGCUCAACGUUUUCUUUUGAUCUUGAUCCUCGUAAUAAAGUGUUUGAUAUCAAAAAGAGUAUCGAGAACUCUCAAGGUAUCCCUGUUUCCAUGCAAACCCUUUACUUCAAUGGCGUGAAACUUGUUGUAGAUCAUUAUCAGCUCAGAGUAUAUCGUAUCGUCAACAACUCUCGCCUCAUCCUUUUCUUACGUGAUGAUCACGUCAACAAUCAAAUGCUCCAUCAAUCUCCAUAUGCAAUCCAAGGGUUCGUCCCUUCCAUGGGUAGGAGCAGCUACGAUCAAGUCCCACCGUCACAUGCAAGUGCAUCUUUCCUUAAUCAAGAUCCGCGUAAGAUGGCGAGGAGCAACCAAGUGCUACCACCGUCACAUGCAAGUGCAGCUUUCUUUAAUCAAGAUUUGCGUAUGAUGCAGAGGAGCAAUCAAGUUCUUCAUCAAACGCAGAUAUCUCCAGUGCCACCGUCACAUGCAAGUGCAUAUUUCUUUAAUCAAGAUCCGCGUACGAUGGCGAGGAGCAACCAAGUGCCACCACUGUCACAUGCAAGUGAAGCUUUCUAUAAUCAAGAUAGGCUUGUGAGCAACGAUCGUCUGUUUCCAGAGAUGCCUCAAGAUAUCAGCCUGAAGCAAGGUUUCUGGCCUGGGAUGACAACCUUUGGAGACAACAACAAGAUUCAAGAAUCAUUGAGGAGAAACAAGAUGAAUCAAGAUUUUCUUCAGAAGGAGCCAUAUCUUCCGUCUAACACUUAUGGAGCUAUCGCCAACGAGAACCAUAUGUUUCGAACGGAUAAGUCCAGCACAUUUGGAGACUUCUCGUUUGGUGACUAUCGUCAUAUUUUAACCGAUAGUAACUGGCCUGCGAGUACAUUCGACGAGAUCAUCAACAAGAACCAAGUGUUUGAAACGGAGCAUUCUUCAGUAAAGUCAAUCUCAACAGAAGAGAGCAGCAGUCAAGUGUUUCAAACCAAGAAGUCUCCACAACCGCCGAAGCUGACUCUUAUCAUGACACAGUAUGAUAAACCUGGGAGUAAGUUUCUGGUUGAUGUGAACGAGAGUGAUAACGUUGAAGAGCUGAAGAAAGAGCUGGAGUAUCUGUUAGACCUGCCUGCAGAAGGAUAUUUCCUUCUGCACAAAGAGAGAGUGUUGGACGAUGAUAAGUCCUUCAGCAUGAACCGAGUAGCUAACGGUGAUACCAUUGAGAUUUUUCCAGGACCUGUUAUCGAGGACUACCAUACAUAGGGAAUGGAUUGAACAUUUGGUCUUUGAAGCUUUUAAGUCUUUCUUCAUAGUUCUUUUGCUUUGUUCAACCUUUGGCAUUUUCUGUUUUAUAGUUUUCUUCAAAUAUGCUAAAUGACAUGUACUAAAAUGAGCUGAAAGAAGAAUGACUUGUUGUUAUUGUUUUUGAACACUUUAAGUUCUGUGUUUUAUUGGAUGGUCUAAGCUAGAUAAGACAUUUGGAGCCUAUGUGGUGUAAUGGAGGAUGCACCUUUCAAAUUUCGCUAGAAGAACACUUAGAAAUUAAAAUUCUCCUCCUACAACACCAAAUGGCAAUACUGUAGAAUCAUAUUGUGGUCAAAAGGUAAAGAGAAGAUCAUAUCAAAAAAAACAAAAUACGAGUUAAGAUGUUUAGUAGAAUCACACAUUCACAUGUACAACAACAUAAACUAUGGUUCAUAUUAAAAUAAAAAACAAAAAAACUGUCUUUAAACUGAUCUUUAAUCAACAAGGAUCGACUCUCUCCAGUCUCCUCUAAUUCCUUAUAGCUUUACAUUUUUGUCUUGAAGAUUAUGUUUAACCAAACAACUAAACAACUAUUGUUUAGUUGAUUAACAAAGAGAACAAUCAGAAUUACACAAUCUCUUGUUAAGUAAACAAUAAACUUUCUCUGCUUUAUAAAAGUGUUUUUCUUGGGUUCACUCCCUACCAAUAAUAGUUUACCACUUCAUAUUUAGUUUUGGGAAAAAAGAAACAAAAUAUUUCGAAUUUAUCGAGUUAAAUUAUGUUUGAAAAUAAAAAAAAGAAUAAAAAUAAAUAAAAAUAUUAAUAGCUUCAAUUUUUUUUUUAAUAUUGUUUACGCCGUCAACAAAACACUAAACUCUAAAUCCAAAACACUAAAUCCUAAAUACUAAACACUAAACCUGUGGGUAAACUCUAAAUCAUUGGAUAAAUCAUAAACCCUAAAUCGUAAACACUAAAUACUAAACACUAAACCCUAAAUGCCGCCAGCAAACUAUAAACCCUAGACACUAAACCCUACGGUUUGGGAUUUAUCCAAGGGGAUUUAUCCAAGAAUUUAGACUUUACCCAAAGGUUUAGAGUUUACGCAAGAGUUUAGAGUUUGGUAUUUAAAGUUUAGGAUUUAGUGUUUAGGAUUUAAGGUUUAGUGUUUUGCUGGAGGUGUUAACCAUGUUAACAAUAAUUUCUUUUUUUUCUGCAGCUAUUAAUAUUUUUAAUUUAUUUUUACUUUUUUAUUUAUUUCAAAACAUAACUAGAUUGUGAUCCGUCCUCUGAAACGACGAGUAUAUUUUUUGUUUUAAUUUUUUUAAAAAAAUUUAAUUUUUCUGUUUCUUUUAUAAUCAUAUUUGUGUUUAAUAUUAAUUUAAUUUGAUAGAAUAGAUGCAUAGAUUUGGUAAAAAGAAAAUCGACCUACGCAGAAAUAUAGGAUACAUACAGAGAUUUAGCUGUAUAGGUCGUUAAAAAAAAAUCUAGAGGAAGAAGGGGACCCGAUUAUUUCGGAA